CGGGCACUUGUCACAACUCCGGACACAGACGCUUGUGGUGAACUUUACCGGUGCUGACCCCCCCCUUUCCCCCUGCUGGAACCAAGACGUUACCUCUGUUAAAUUCUCAGAGUAUGGGCAGUGUGCUGGCUGCCGCCUCCCCCAGUCCCACCCCGGCCAAGGCUGGUGGCGGUCAAGGGGUCCCGGGGUUGGUUUCAGUACCCCCGGGGUUCACCAUGCCCUCAGUGUCCUCGGUCCCUCAGUCGUUGUCAUCAUCUUCGUCCGAGCUGCAGAUCACGGACGCGACAGAGUCUCCACUCCCGAACCCGGGCACGUAUGAAGAGUGCCAUCGCAAAUGUAAAGAGGUUUUUCCUAUACAGAUGGAAGGUGUGCGGCUAGUUGUUAACAAGGGCUUGAGUAACCACUUCCAGGUCAGCCAUACCAUCACCCUCAGCACACUGGGGGACUCUGGCUAUCGAUUUGGGUCCACCUACGUAGGCACUAAACAGACGGGACCAGCAGAGUCAUUCCCUGUCAUGGUGGGUGAUAUGGAUAACACGGGGAGCCUUAAUGCUCAAAUCAUCCAUCAGCUUAGCACAGCCGUCCGCUCCAAAAUAGCCAUCCAGACUCAGCAGCAUAAGUUUGUGAACUGGCAGUGUGACAUGGAGUACCGUGGUGCUGACUUCACCUCCGCUGUGACGCUGGGGAACCCUGAUAUACUCGUAGGCUCAGGCAUUGUCGUGGCACACUAUCUCCAGUCUAUUACACCUUCGUUAGCUCUGGGUGGUGAGCUUGUAUACCACCAGAGACCAGGCGAGGAAGGAACAGUUACCUCCUUCUUGGGCAGGUACACAGGUAACAAUUACAUUGCCACGCUGACUCUGGGAGGAGCAGGAUGCCACGCUACUUAUUAUCAUAAAGCCAACGAUCAGUUGCAAGUAGGAGUAGAGUUUGAAGCCAGCACAAGGAUGCAGGACACUACAACAUCUUUGGGCUACCAGCUGGACCUGCCCAAAGCUAACUUGCUGUUUAAAGGUUCUGUUGAUAGCAACUGGGUGGUGGGGGCCACCCUGGAGAAGAAAUUACUACCCCUGCCCCUCACUCUGGCUCUGGGAGCUUUCCUCAACCACCGCAAGAACAAGUUCCAGUGUGGCUUCAGUGUCACUAUCGGUUAGAGAGGUUUAAGGCUGCCCUGUCCCCCCUCCCCCAGGAGCCAGCUUGCGGGCCUCAGCUUGGACAGGCACGGAGAAGACACACAGGAACCUGGACUGAGUUUUUCCCAACAUUAUGUUCAGAGACUCUCUUUUACUACUGUGAUUUCUGGGGGAAGACCUGAGGGACAAGGACAACCACCAAGAAGCCAGGACUGGCCGAGCCAUGCCUACAUUGUGUAGCACAAAUGUCUUUACUUCAUGGCGUAUUUAAAAAAAAAAAAAACAACAAAAGAAAAAACAAAAACAGGAGGUUAGCGAGAUGUAUGUCGGAAAGGCAUCGGGGCGAUGCAUGAGAACGUGAUGUGAAAAUCAAACAGUGGUUAGACAUAAUAUAUGGUGAUCAUAUGUGAUGGAUGGAAAUAAAUGUGAUUACUUUUUUAA